CCAUUUCCUUUCUCCGUUGUAAAAAAAAAUGCUAAAAAAAUAAGCUUCACUGUGAAGCUCUUAAAACUCUCUCUCGCUCGCAUAAGCUAAAACCUCUUCUCUCCUCUCUCGCUCGCGUUCGCAUGCUUCUUCGAUCUCCGCUCUAGAGGAAAAUCAUGCCGGACGUGCAAGCUCUUGUCAAUGAUUUUCUUAUCAAGCUGAAAAAACGUAAGAUUGAGGGUUCGCAGGCGACGGCGAGGCAGGCUGCUGAACUGUUACGAUCAGUUAUUUCGCAACAGCGAGUGCCUUACACGAAUCAGGCUGGAGCUUUAAUUGAUGCUGUGAGGGCUGUUGGGGAGCAGCUGAUUGCUGCCAAUCCUGUCGAGGUAGCUGUGGGUAAUAUUGUGAGGCGCGUUUUGCAUAUUAUUAGGGAGGAGGACCUUUCUCUGACGACUGCUGCUAUUGCGGGUUUGAAUUUAUCAGCAGCAAGUGAUGGGGAUGAUGAUGAUGAUGAUUGUGAGCGAGAUGAGCAUACAGUUCUAUCAGCUGCUGCUGUUGCUGCUGCUGCGAGAAAUGCUUUGCGUCCGCCUUCCUUGCAAACCCUACUGGAGGAUAUGCCUGAGUCAGUUGCUAUUCCUCAUACUUAUUCAUCGGGAGGUGAUUCUGAAGGAAAAAGCAAAUCUGCUGAUAAAAGUUCAAGAACUCGAAGGUUGAAGCAUGAUGUCAUUGAAGCAGUUAACGAGCUUAUUCAAGAUAUUAACACUUGUCAUGAACAGAUUGCUGAACAAGCUGUGGAACAUAUUCAUCAAAAUGAGGUGAUAUUAACUUUAGGUAGUUCAAAGACAGUGUUAGAAUUUCUUUAUGCUGCAAAGGAGAAGAAAAGAUCAUUCCGGGUAUUUGUUGCUGAGGGUGCUCCUAGGUAUCAAGGGCAUCUUCUUGCAAAAGAACUGGUCUCAAGAGGUUUACAUACCACUUUGAUUACUGACUCAGCAGUUUUUGCCAUGAUUUCCCGUGUGAACAUGGUUAUAGUUGGAGCUCAUGCUGUAAUGGCCAAUGGUGGUGUGAUAGUACCUGUUGGGCUGAAUAUGGUUGCACUUGCAGCUCAAAAGCAUGCUGUGCCUUUUGUCGUGCUUGCAGGCAGUCACAAGCUGUGUCCCUUGUACCCUCACAAUCCUGAGGUCUUACUAAAUGAAUUGAGAUCUCCAUCCGAGCUACUGGAUUUUGGAGAAUUCUCAGAUUGCUUAGAUUUUGGGAGUGGCACUGGCUCUCCUCUUCUUCAUGUUGUCAAUCCAGCAUUUGAUUAUGUGCCACCAAAGCUUGUUAGUCUGUUUAUCACUGACACUGGAGGGCACAAUCCAUCAUACAUGUACCGACUCAUUGCAGAUUAUUACUCCGCCGAUGAUUUGGUGGUGCGAAGAAGGGUUGCUUUGGGAAAUUGAGCUCAAGUCACUUUUGUUUACAAUAUUAUCUGUAGUUUAGGAGUUACCAUGGUAAGAAGUGAUGGAUGAGGAUAGAGUAAUUUUGUCUCAGUGUAUGGAAGCAUUUAACCAUUGUUUAUGCUGGAAGAGAAGCAAACUUGUUGAUAGGGGGCAAUGCGAGGGGUAGACUAGCCAGGAAAUGACCAUUUUUUUUAAUUAUUAUUGAAGCAAAGGGCUAAGAGCUAAGAGCUACACUGAGAAGGAACGAAUGCCAUGAUGGUUGUAGCAAGUUAUAAACUGUGAAAAGGAAAGGAAAAAGGAGCAACAGGUUAUAUCGAGUUUAAUCGAAAACUUGAGAACAAUUUGCACGUGGAGAAUGCUAUGGUUAGUGGGCUGUGUCGUGUGAGCACAUUUGAAAGUACUAUAGUUUAUUAGUUUUUGUUAGGAGGAGUUUUCGGUUUCCAAUACCUUAAGUUUUUUUUUUUUUUUUAUAAAAAAAAACUUUGUAUUUAUAUUUACUUCUCCUUUUAUCUUUAAUUUCUCAUGAAUAUGAAUAAAAGUACCAGAUUAAUUUGAAAAA